CGGUGAGAAGCGACAUGAGGAGGUAACCGCGAACUCCCGUCAGUCGCGUGAAGAUAUUCCUCGAGUGAGCAGGUGCUACGUCAAGAGACUCGAUCAUACCUACCUGCCGAUUCUUGCCGAUCACCGAUCAAUUUAUCGCGUCAUAUUGCGCCGUUGUGUUCCACACAAAUUGGGGAUAGUAAAGAAAAAAUAAAAAAAUAUUUAUUGAAAAUUGGAACCCGUUUUUGUUUCACACGAAGCAAUGGGUCCUUAAAUACCAGACGACGUUUGUUUCCACUCUUGAUAAUAAGUAUCCGGUCACUGAAGUUUUGUGGAUCUGUAGCAAGACGUACUUUUUGUGAAAAUAUAUAUCGCUCCAAGAGUGCAAGCGUAAAUAAAUCCAUCACCGGAAGUAAUUCAACCACAACGAUGCCGCGGUUUGAGGUAGUGCUGGUACUCGCUUUGACGAUGGUCAUCGUCACCUCGACGAGUGUUCCUCCGGCCCCGAGCUACACGAGAACGAUGCUAAAAGUGGCGAGAAGUUUGCCUGGGGAGACGGAAGAAGUGAAGGUUCGAACGAGCGAGGGUAACCUGGCGACGUUGAUAGUGAAGAGGCGAGAUCACAGAGUAGUUCAGAAGGAAGAAGGAACCACUGGAAUGAGCACCGAACCCGAAAGGCGUGGGCAAAAUCAAUCCCACGUGAUUUUCGAGGUUAGAAAGUUGCAGAAUCAGAACGGCGAGGCUCAGAGGAGACUGCAGGAGAACGAGCAGGUGGCGAAGAUUCGUAGCCAGGUAUCGGGGCCAGUCGCCGAUCAGGAAGGGCCGUCGAAAUUCGAGCGGAAGAACCUCAGCCAGGUCGGUGAGAGCCUGAUGGAGUACGGGAGCUGGAAGCCACUUGGCGGAGGUUCGGAAAGAGCUCUCGAAGAGAAGCUGCAGGCAGAGGAGCCCUUGUACACAAAUUGGAAACCAGUCGACACAGGGCUGCACCGAUCGGCGAGCUUCGCGCGUUACUCGAAGCCCAAUUUCGAGCAUCAAGGUAUGAUAUUCGCCGGAAGAAACACGGAGAAGAGAGCAGACCGGGAACUCUCGUUCGAGAAAUUGAACCCCGCAAGAAUAGUCGGAAAUCAGGAGGAGCGACAUGGAUUCCUGCCGAACCAGCCGAGACCGGUGACUAGGACCAACGUCGGCGCUAAUGUGUACAAGAAUAGAAACGCGAAGAACGUACCAGCGGAAGUGACGAUCAGGUCGGAGAUCAACGUGAAACCGGCUUCCAAGAGGUCACCGAUGACCUUGGACGCCGACGGGACGCCGACCAUCCACGGACAUCGAGUGCCCGAUGACCCGAUGGACAAGAUCCAGACGUGGAGGAACGCCAGAGUAAUAAACAACAAGUUGAUACCAGAGAGCGCAAUGGUCGUUAACCUCGAUCCUUCGAGCAAUUUUUACGCGAUUGACAAAACGGCCGAUCGUCAAAGGUUCGAGAACUUUUUCGACGACGUUAAUCGACGGUACGGAAGAAACUACGAUGCCGAAAAGACGAACGUAUAUUUCGAAUGGGAUCCGAAGAAUUAUCAAAACGACGCUCUCAAGGCCGAGAUCUACAACGCGGCUAGUGACGGCUACAAUUCCAACGUUCAAAAACGAAUGCUUCAUCCGGACAGCGUCGCGAAUUACCCAAACUCGCAGAGCUAUACUCCGGAAAGUCAGAAGAUCGCCCCGGUCGCUUUGAAGCCAGGAGUGAGAGCCCCGGUUCUGCAGUAUGCUCAUCCGGAACUGGGUGUGCAACCGGCGAAGAUCGUGAAGAACGAGAUACGGCAACCCGAAAGCUACUCGGAGGUUCAGCCGACGUUCACCUCGGAGACCCGGCAGAAGAAGAAGUACGUUCUGAACGAUAAGAACGUCGUGGACUCGUACUCUUCGAAGUACUAUUACCCUAACCACCGUUUCUACGGACUGAAACCACAAAACGACCCGCCAUUCUGGGUGAAAAUAUCGGAGAACCUUAAGAACCAAUUUUCGACCGGGGUUGAAAAGGUCUCCCAACUUACACGUCCGGUUUUCGACCCCUUGGUGGAAGCGACGCAAAAGAUUUCUAAGAACUUGGGUCUCUCCCGGGACGUAGCGCAGGACAAAGUUGGAACCGUUGCCUCGGGUUCGUCCAUUCUCAUCCCUGCUCUGGGUCUCGUUGCUUCCGGCGCUGCGCUGGGAAUCGGCGCUGUCGCAGUUGGCAGAUACCUCGAUGUUGACGUCCUGAAGAGAUCAGGCGACGACGAAAUCGAUCUCGAGCACAAACGAGCCCUCGAAGCAUCAGCGAAGAAGCUUCCUGAGUAUGGAAAUGAGGUGAACGAACCAGAUAGUCGGGUCGACAGUGAGUCAAGGACGUGGCAAGCGUCGUUCGCCAGCCCAAAUCAGGCGGCCAAUUUCGUUCAGACAUUCGAAAAUGAGCCAGUCAUCGUAGCCGAGGGGGAAGAGAGAAGCCAGAGCCGAGAAGAUGACGAUGGCGUGUUUCUGAUACUCGAAGAAUCGAAUGAUUCGGACAAGGUGGAAACCCGUGAGACGAAACCGGUCGUUGACGAGCUGGAAUACGUUGAGACCGGAAGACACAGACGAAGCAUCGAUGAUCCCAGCGUCCUAAGGUUGGAACCGGAAGUGGCUGAUUGGAUGCGAGACAAGCGGUUCCAGAGAAAGAAUUUAGACAAGAUAACGGAAAUUGUGGAAAUCGAUGUACCCAGACGCGGAAAUAUCGACGUUACCGAUCUGCAACUGCAGAGGACGAAGAAACCCGAGUCUCAGAACGCGGGUACGAUCCUCGUCGUCGAGGGUGAUGAGGAUGCGUCGGAAAGAGCGGAUCUCGAUCAAGUCGCUGUCGAAGACGUGGCGAAGAUCGUCGGUGAAAUGAUAAGACAGUCGGAGAGCGAGGAGGGAGAACGGCAAGAUCAGAAGAGGUCGAAGCGUAGUUUGGGAACGGAUCAGGAGCUCCAAGACACUCUCCAGAAUUUGGAAAACGCGGAAGUCGCGGAAGCCGGGCACGUCGAGGGUGACUGGGCGAACACACCCUGCGCCAAGAGGAUAUUCUGCGACGCGAUGAUCCUCCGGGGUUCCGACGCCGUCACGUUUAUGGAAAAGAAGAUGGCGUCCCUGCUGGCAUUAAUACAACCGGGCGCCGCAAACCAGGUGUCAAGUCACUUCGAAGAAGUCAUGGACGCUAUUCGCAGGCACGAUUGUUCCGCAUUUGCUUGGGUCCAAGAAAACGAUUUCGUUAAAAACCGUGGAGUUCGAGUCCAGGUCGGAUCCAUGCUCGCUGAAGUUGCAAAAGAGUUAAUUCAGAGAUCGUCAACGAAUAGCCAGGUACUGAGUUUGAAUUUGUCAAAUUUGCUGAUACUUUUGGUACUCAAGGCUGUAGUUUUCGGGGCUGGAUACAUGGGACAUCAUGGAUACAAAACUCGCGAAUUGGACGAUGAACCAAUCGUUUCCGAGAGUGAGGUAGCCUUGGCCUUGGGCUACCUUGUCGGCGACAAAUGCCUUUUCAGGGCAGCCUGUGAAGUCCCUCGCAAAGCCAAGGAAUACCUCGGAGCCGCCGAAAUGUUUCUGCAAACCUUCAAGCUCAUGCCACAAUCUGUUCCCGUAGAGUUCGACAAGUAUGAGAAGACUGUUCUAGAGCUGAGGAAAGCCGUAGAAUAUGGAUCGGCCGGGAAGUGUCCACCGGAAUAUACUUGCAAGAAGGAAAAUAUUGACAAGUUUUUGAAAGACGCAAUGAGUGAUACAUCCACGUCGAUAUCAGCAUUUGCCGCGUAUUCGAAAAUGCGUCAAACACCGGAGAGCCCGUUCUCAUCGAAACCGGCUAAAAAGCGUCACAGUUCCGCCGCACUUUCGAGUAAAAAGAAGCCGAGGAAACGUUCGGCGUCUGUGGGUGACUUGACGCCAAAUGAAAAAGGAAAAAAGACGCAAAAAAUGUCCCGACUUUUGAAAGAAAAAAGUAUGAAAACUGCAACAGGCGUGUCAAAGAAAUCCUCAAGCAAUUCAAAAUCAACGGUGAAGAGAUUGUCUAAUGGAAUUGAUAAAUCAUCAUCGAAAUCAGCAACACCUAAUAAUAGAAGGUCCGUUGCGGGAAAAUCAAAAGCGGCAUUCCAACUGGCCGUUGCCGAGAGUGAAGUUAGCCCCAAAUUAAGAAAUAAAACUCUCAGAUCUAGUGGUGACAAAACAGAACUAAAGGCUGUUGUAAAAAAAGUUACCUCACCUGUAAAUUCUGCAUCGAAGAAGAAAGCAAGCAAAAAAUCUCCCGGCAAUGUCGCGAAGUCAAAGCCGGAAUCGGAUUCCGAAAAAGCUAUGAGUGAUGUUGAUGAAUCAGAAUUACAGGAUAAAGAGGAAACACCAUCCGGUUCGAUCGAUGACGGAAAAAAGCUGUUUGAAUGGCUCAUUUCUCCACUUCAGUUGGAUGCUUUUUACAAAACAAGCUGGGAGCUUGCCCCACUAUACAUAAAGAGAAACACCUCGAGCUAUUACAAACAUCUUAUUUCCACACCCUUAAUAGAUUCAAUCUUGCGAAAUUACUACAUGCAAUUCACCAAGAAUGUCGAUGUGACUUCAUACACGGAUGGCAAAAGAGAAACACACAAUCCUGUUGGUCGUGCAUUGCCAAGUGUUGUCUGGGAUUAUUAUGCGAACGGUUGUUCGGUCAGGCUGUUGAAUCCCCAAACUUUUAUACCCAAAUUACAUGUAUUGAAUGCCACCCUCCAGGAAUAUUUUGGAUGUUUUGUUGGGGCAAACGCUUAUUUGACACCACCGAAUACUCAAGGAUUUGCACCGCAUUACGAUGAUAUCGAAGCGUUUAUACUGCAAGUAGAGGGUAAAAAGAGAUGGCGUCUAUACAAACCGAGGAGCGAUGAUGAAUAUUUACCAAGAUUGUCCUCUGAUGAUUUCGAUCAAUCGGAAAUUGGAGAACCGAUAAUGGAUAUAGUUUUGGAAACUGGUGACCUGCUGUAUUUUCCAAGAGGUACUAUACAUCAGGGUGAAACUAUCGAUGACACUCAUAGUUUACACGUAACCUUGAGUGUCUAUCAGAGGAAUAGCUGGGGCGACUUUUUCGACAAGCUUGUCCCAGUGACGUUGGAAAAAGCUAUUGCAUCAGAUGUUGAAUUCCGCGAAGGUUUGCCGCUGGAUUAUCUUCAGCACGUAGGUUUGGCGCAUGCGGAUACGGACACUAUUGACAGGACUAAGUUUAUACGAAGAACACAGUACCUCUUAUCUAAACUAGUCCAAUACAUAGACGUUGACAGAGCUGCUGACGAAAUGGCUAAGAAGCAUAUCCACGAUUUUCUUCCGCCAGUGCUAACAGAAGAAGAAAAAGCAUGUUCGAUAUACGAGGACGGGGAGAGAAUGACAAAGGGUGGUAUCGUAGUGAACAGAAUUGAGGUAGAACCAGAUACGAAAAUAAGAUUGGCCCGAGCAUAUUGCAUAAGAUUGCUGCGAGAAGAGGACGGACUCAAAGUUUAUUAUUCUACCGAGAAUUCGAAAGAAUAUCGCGAGUUGGAUCCACAGUUCUUGGAGGUAUCGCAGGAACACGCUCCCGCUAUAGAAGAAAUCAUUCGACAGUAUCCAAAUUAUAUCAAAGUCGAGGAUUUACCUCUGGACGAGGAAGACAGCAAGAUCCAGGUGGUGAGGGAUCUUUGGGAGAGAGGUAUUCUCGUCACGGACCAACCAUUGCCUAUCGUGGAAUAAUUUACGAGGGAGUGAUUUCACCUCCCGUGCAAAAUAAGAGUAAUCAGUGACUUUAACGGCAAACUUGUGAAAUAAAGCAUAAACGUGCAUUUAAUUUCUUAAAAUAAAAGAAAUAAACUUGUAUUGACAAAUCUUAUAACCGACGGUGAUUGGUCUGGGUUGAACAAUAAACUUUGAAUUUUCCGUGCAAUACAAGCACACCGUUCACUUGGAAAAGUAAAUUUUACUUCCAUUCGAAAAAUUUGUUAUAUUUCGGAAUGUAAUGUUCACCGAUCCGUAAAGUGACAAUCGGGUCCCGAUAGGCUAUAGAGCGUCUUGUGUAUUGAAAAGUAUAUUAUCUACGUAGAAAAUAGUUUUCUUCACAAUACUGUGUUUUUUACUUUUUCAAUCCAGACUAUCGAUAGAUUAUUAACUUUUAAUCACGGAACGUCUGAGAAGAAACCGAAAUACUUUUGGUAUUCUUCCACAGAAUAGAGAUAUUUGAGUUUAUUUUAUUACUAAAGAUAUGGGUACGGCCAAUUGAUAUAUUAUUGAAAUAGCAAGGGAUAAUAUUGAGAACUAUUGAAAUAUCGUCUCGAAUGAUAUGACCGUAUGAAUAAUUUUCUAUCCGUACAGUACUAUCCGUAACUGUUUCAAUACAAUACAAAACUAUCACUGUAUAAUCAGUUAUAUAAAUAAAAAUUUGUGUAUACA